AUGGCCGAGCUGCCUCCCGGGUACCGCUUCUACCCUACCGAGGAGGAGCUGGUGCGCUUCUACCUCCGGCACAAACUCGACGGCAGCCGCCGCGCCGACAUCGAGCACGUCAUCCCCGUCGUGGACGUCUGCUCCCUCGACCCAUGGCAGCUCCCAGAGGUGCACCGGGGCGCCGGCCACGGGGAGCCGUGGUUCUACUUCUGCGCACGGCAGGACCGGGAGGCGCGGGGCGGCCGGCCGAGCCGCACGACGCCCUCCGGGUACUGGAAGGCGGCGGGCACGCCAGGCUUGGUCUACUCCGCCGCUGGCCGCCCCGUCGGGACCAAGAAGACCAUGGUGUUCUACCGCGGCCGCGCGCCGGCCGGGGCCAAGACCAAGUGGAAGAUGAACGAGUACAGGGCCCUUGAGGAAGACGGUGUGGAUGCCGAUGCCGAUGGCGCCGCUCCGGCAGCAAACCCUGUGUUCCAGGUGCGGAGCGAGUUCAGCUUGUGCCGGCUAUACACAAGUUCAGGCAACAUGCGGCAGUUCGACCGCCGGCCAUGCACUACCUUCGCCGGAGGCAGCCGCGCGUCGUCGUCGUCCGCCGCGCCUGCAUGGCCGAAUGAAGACGUUGAAGUGGGAAGGGGUCAGAAGAGGAAAAGGCAUGCAGCUAACGACAAUACGUCGUCUAGCCACGCUUACCGCCCCGUGCAGCAGCAGCAGCAGGAGAUGCAGGGAGGCGCCGAUGAGGUGCUCGCCGACGACAUGACCGAUUGGGCAGAGCUUUUGAACUGGAUCUAAGAGAUGGAUAACGAGGGUAGAGUGUUGCCUAGUGGCAGUAGGAUUACUCAGAUACAAUCCUCUCUCACUAGUAUACUGAACUUUUAUGAUGCGGUAAUCCAUUUUUGAGCCCGGGCUCAGCUGCACCCACCCCGACGAAACAAAUCAAAACAAAUAUUAGAAAAUUUCAAAAAAUUCGAUUUUUUUGUGUGAUAGAUAUUUUGAUGCGUGAGCUCCGCUCCAGUUUUCAAAUCAUUUGGACAUCUGAAACUCUUUGCAAAAAAGACAAAUCCGGGGUCUGUAAAAAUGUUUACUGUUCACGCACUGUUCUGACCCGAUUUGUCUUUUUUGCUGAGAGCUACUCAGAUGUCCAAAUGCUCUAAAAAUUGGAACGAACCUCACGCAUCAAA